GUGUCCCUGGGAGACCCUUUGGCCGAACGGGCCCGGCAGCUGCUAGCCCAGCGAGCGCCCUACUCAGGGGAUGAUCUAUCCAAUGAAGGCACCUUCUCCAGGCAAUGUUUUGUGGUAUAUCAAACCUCUGAAACACACCACGUCGUUAUGGAUGGGGCCAGAAGGUUGGAGGAAGACUUACUGUUGGACUCGACCAAUCUGGCCAACCCUAAGUUCUGCGUGAUGGACUGGUAA